AUGGGCAGUGCAUCAUGGGACGGUGUGCAAAAUGGCUGCGCCCUGUAGGAGCGAAUGUGUUUUAAUGCUAAUCGGUAAAACUAGAAUAUCUGAGGUUGGAGUCAUAUCCUAGCAAUGUCUCGUAUUUGAACUUACCAUACAAUUAUUACAACACGUGUACCUCAACUAAGAAGAUGACAUCUGGAAAAACGCCAUCGGGAAAGACAAUCCUUCACCACAUCAAGUUUGAGAAUUUGGUCGGCGGAAUGGCUGGCGGCAUAGUUUCCACGGCCGCACUACAUCCGUUAGAUCUGGUGAAAGUGCGAUUUCAGGUUGAUGAAGGGAUAGGCAUCACAAACCGACCCAAGUAUACAGGAUUAUGGCAUGCAUUUAAGACAAUUUUCAAGACAAGUGGACCACUGGGCUUGUAUCAGGGUGCUGUACCAAAUAUCACUGGUGCUGGAGCUGCUUGGGGGUUCUACUUCCUAUUGUAA